UUCUUCUUUUCCUCUUUUAUCCUCUUUCACUGUAGUAGCUUUCUUUUUCUAUGGUUACUCUGAGAAGUAAUAUAGCUGGUUUUACACAAGAGAUGCUAUAUGUAAGGGAUCUGAAAAUGGUGGGCCUUUUCAUAUUUCAGAUUGCAUUGUGAGGAGAUCAAGAUCUAUGAAUCUGCAUUGCCUGUAACUAUUCAUCUACUCCCUAUCUCUCUGUUUUUAUUUUAUUUUGUUGUUGUUCAUCUUCAAAAAUCAAAAUCCUAACUUGGGUUUUCUUCAAGGAUCAAUCAAUCUUGGCCUUUCAUCUUGGAGUCCAUUCUAGAUGUGUGUCUUCAUGUAACUUUUUGUUGGUUGAGUCUAUCUCAUGUGAGAUUUUGUUUGUGAAGUUAGGAAAAAAGUGGGGUGUCAAAAACAAAAAAUCCCAACUUGGGUUUUGUCCAAAGAUAUUAAUGAAUCUUGGCCUUUCUUCUGUGGGGUUCAUACUGGAUGUAUGUUCUCAUUUAACUUUCUUUUGGGGGUCUUGAGUCAAUCUCAUGGUAACAUUUUGUUUGUAAGGUUAAAAAAGUGGGGUGUAUUUGUUUUUUCUUUUUCUUUUUUUAUUUCCAUUCAUAGAUAUAUAUAUUUAUAUUAUUGAAUAUUGCCCACAUGGUUUGGAGCUUUACAACUGCAGAAACCUUUCCCAGUAACGUUGCUUUCUUCUCUAUUGUAGUUUGUUAGAAUAGUAGAGAGAGAGAGAAAGAGAGAGAGAGAGAGAGAGAGUUCUUGUUUUGUUGGUUUGGGUUGCUGCAUUGGGUUUGGAAUGCUGAUUUAGAAGUGGGUGUUUUUUGACGUUUUGGGGGUAAGAUCUGGUUUAUGUUGUGGGAGCUGAAAUGGGCUUUCUUGGUUUCUUGGUUUUGGGGUCUGGAUUGUGAAAUUUUGGGAAAUCGGGAAAGGUUUUGGUGGUGUUUUGUGUGAAUUUCUCUUGAGGAAAAUGGCCCCAAGUUUGGAUUUUUCCGAUUGGUGGGCAAAGGAAACAAGGAAAGGGACUCCAGUCGUUGUGACGAUGGAGAACCCCAAUUACUCAGUUGUGGAGAUUGACGGCUCAGAUGCCGCCUUCCGGCCCGUGGACAAGGAUAGAGGGAAGAAUGCGAAGCAAUUUACAUGGGUUUUGCUUCUGAGGGCUCACCGGGCUGUUGGUUGCCUCACUUGGGUCGCAGGCGUCUUGUGGGCAUUGCUUGGUGCGGUCAAGAAACGGUUGAUUUUCCAGCAGGGAGUGACCGUGGAGUCAGAGAAGUCGAGUAAAGGGAGGCUGUUGUUCAGGCUCAUCAGGGGAUUUCUGGUGGUAUCAUUGGUGAUUCUUGCAUUCGAGGUGGUGGCCCACCUGAAUGGCUGGCAUUUUCAGAGACCCAAUUUGCAUAUUCCACAAACAUUAGAGAUCGAAGGGUGGGUGCAUUUGGUGUAUCUCAUGUGGCUGUCAUUCCGAACUGACUACAUUGCCCCAUUGAUUCGGGCCUUGUCAAACUUCUGUGUUGCUCUCUUUCUUAUCCAGUCACUAGAUCGGAUGAUCUUAUGCCUUGGGUGCUUUUGGAUCAAGUACAAGAAGAUUAAGCCUAGAAUUGAAGGAGAUCCCUACAAAUCAGAGGAUGUUGAGGGUUCUAGCAGUAAUUAUCCCAUGGUUCUCAUUCAGAUUCCGAUGUGCAAUGAGAGAGAGGUAUAUGAGCAAUCCAUUUCUGCCGUCUGCCAGAUCGAUUGGCCGAAAGACCAUUUGUUGAUUCAAAUUCUCGAUGACUCUGAUGACGAGAGCAUCCAAUGGUUAAUCAAAGGUGAGGUGUCCAAGUGGAGCCAAAAGGGCGUCAAUAUCAUCUAUCGACAUCGAUUGGUUAGGACCGGUUAUAAAGCUGGCAAUCUCAAGUCUGCCAUGAGCUGUGACUAUGUUAAAGGAUAUGAAUUCGUUGCAAUUUUCGAUGCGGAUUUCCAACCUAACCCAGAUUUCCUUAAGCAGACAGUUCCACAUUUUAAGGACAAUCCCGAACUGGGGUUAGUUCAGGCCAGGUGGGCCUUCGUAAACAAGGAUGAGAACUUAUUAACCCGCCUCCAAAACAUCAAUCUAUGCUUUCACUUUGAGGUGGAGCAGCAGGUCAAUGGUGUCUUCUUGAAUUUUUUCGGUUUUAACGGGACUGCUGGUGUUUGGAGAAUUAAAGCUCUGGAGGACUCUGGAGGUUGGCUUGAGAGAACGACUGUCGAAGAUAUGGACAUUGCUGUCCGUGCCCAUCUUAACGGAUGGAAAUUCAUCUUCCUCAACGAUGUCAAGGUCCUCUGUGAAGUUCCAGAGUCUUAUGAAGCUUAUCGGAAACAGCAACAUCGUUGGCAUUCUGGUCCAAUGCACCUUUUCCGCUUAUGUCUUCCGGCUAUUGUAACUUCCAAGAUAUCUUUCUGGAAGAAGGCGAAUAUGGUAUUGCUAUUCUUUCUUUUGAGGAAGCUUAUCCUUCCGUUCUAUUCUUUCACAUUGUUUUGCAUAAUCCUCCCCCUGACGAUGUUCGUGCCCGAGGCUGAGCUACCUAUGUGGGUCAUCUGCUACGUGCCGGUUUUCAUGUCUUUCCUCAACAUCCUCCCCGCCCCGAGAUCCUUCCCCUUCAUCGUCCCAUACCUUCUCUUCGAGAACACCAUGUCUGUAACCAAGUUCAAUGCCAUGGUGUCCGGAUUAUUCCAGUUGGGUAGUUCGUACGAGUGGGUUGUCACAAAGAAAGCAGGGCGAUCAUCAGAAUCCGACUUGAUAGCAGCAGCAGAGAGGGAAUCAAAAACCUUGAACCACCCACAACUCCAUAGAGGAGCUUCAGAGAGCGAGCUCUCUGAGCUGAACAGGCUGAAGGAGCAAUCAGAACCACCCCCUCCCCCCAAAAAGACAAACAAAAUCUAUAAAAAAGAACUUGCUCUUGCCUUUCUCCUCCUCACAGCAUCGGUCAGAAGCCUCUUAUCCGCGCAAGGGGUCCACUUCUACUUCCUUCUCUUCCAAGGAGUGUCCUUCCUCCUCGUGGGUCUCGAUCUAAUUGGAGAGCAAAUGAGUUAACUCAAGAAAAGAACACUAAAAAAAAAACUCAUCUGUUUAAAGCCAUCCAAUUCGCAUUCCAAUGCACCAAAACUCAUCUUGUUAUUGCUACGACUUCAAUUCACGCAAGGAAGUCCAGCCGACGCCUUCCUAUUGAAGUUGGAAUCUUCACUUUUGCAAACGACGGGUAAAAAGGAGGCAACCUCCGAUCCGAAUAAAUAAGUCUUUAUUCAUAUUCCAAUUGCCCAAAUAGGAUUCUUAUCAGUCUCUCUCCUUGAAACUCUCUCACUUUCAGUCCUUUUUGGCUACUUGUUACAUAGACAUUCUUCUCUUUGAAUUUGGUGUUAUAGGUGGGACUAGAGUCUUUAUUUUAUUUUUGCUUGGUGGGUGUGGCUUGUUAUUCAGAUUCAACCCAUAUGUGUAUUUGAAGAAAUUGAAAAGAUGUGGGACACUAGCAGUGUUUUCAAAGGUGAGAGAAAUUGGGUUAUGGUUUUCCAAAAUCCAUUUAUACUGAGAUGUAUAACAGUAAUGUGUAUAUUUGAAUUGAUUCAGUUUAUUUAAAGUAAAUGAUAUCUGAUGCUUCCUUUGUC